AUGGCUCCUGUUGGCGAAGUGGGAAGCUUCUUGCACGGUAUCGAGGGCUUCGGACACGUCGGAUCCCAUUUUGUUCUGACGCCUGCCGGAGAGAGUACAGGUCUGUUGGGCGAACACCUGGUCCCAGCGGAGAGACUUUCCCGGAGUACCUCCGCGGAUUUAAUGCAUUUAAAGGGGAUUCUGCGGAGAAGACAGUUGUACUGUAGAACUGGAUUUCACCUAGAAAUACACCCAGAUGGAACAGUGCAGGGGACGAGAAAAGACCACAGUCGAUUUGGUAUUUUGGAAUUUAUCAGCCUUGCAGUUGGAAUGAUAAGCAUACGUGGGGUCGACAGUGGACUGUACCUGGGAAUGAACGACAAAGGAGAACUGUAUGGCUCUGAGAAAUUAACGGCGGAGUGUGUCUUCCGGGAGCAGUUUGAGGAGAACUGGUACAACACGUAUUCCUCCAACCUCUACAAGCACGGAGACAAGGGCGCCCGCUAUUUCGUGGCCCUGAACAAAGACGGAACUCCCAGAGACGGGACAAAGUCCAGGCGACACCAGAAGUUCACGCACUUCCUCCCGAGGCCCGUGGACCCAGACCGUGUGCCGGAGCUGUACAAGGAGGUGCUGGGACACAGCUGAGGGGCGGCGGGGCCUUCUGUUCGGCGGAGAAUAUGUGCUGAAGUCCAGGCUUCUGUGGAAACAGGGAUGUAAGCGUGUGUGGGCCCGGUAACAGGACUGCGGAGGGCCGACAGCGGAACGGCGGCACGGUCAGGGCCCUCCUGGGAGCGUAAAGGAGAGGGCUCUUAGAAGCACGAAGGACCGUCUAGAAUGUCAAGCUUCAAGCCCAGAGCCAGGAGGCCAUUUUGUGUUUGAGGCCGACGGUCCCGCUCGGGGCUGGAGGGAAAGGCAAGGGCUGCGGAUAAGCUGCAGAGCUGCUGGUCUGGUCUCCUGGAGCGCUGCUUCACCAGGAGACUGAUCAAGGCCAGGCAGGACGUGGAGGCAUGUCGGUGGAUCUGCACCAUCGGGACAGAUGAGAGACUGUGGGAUUGUCUCUCUCUCUCUCUCUCUCCAUCCC